AUGAAGAAAGAGGCGUCCGAAAAAUUGAUGCUAGCCGACCCGGCCCUGCUAGACAAGUUUGACAAGCUGCUUAUUGACUUGAGCUUGUCCUGCAGAAGCCAGGAUUUUCUUGAUUUACGACUUUCAGGAAGUCAGCUACAGAAUAUCAGCACCGUAUCUGCGAAGUUACCGGCUGCAAAGCUAGCAAAGCUAUACCAAUUACUAUUGCUCGCAUAUAUCAUGGACCUACCGGAUAUAUUUGCUGCCAUUUCAAACAAAAUUCUCCUUGUGUAUAUGGGCGCCAAUGCUGAGUUGUCCUUGAUGGUGAAUCAUCCACUCAUUCACAGAGAUAUCGCUGGUAGUCGACUGGAAGGGGCUAUCGAACUUCCGUACCGGCAGGCUAAAUACAACUACAAACUACGAUACGACGCAGGCAUACUCUCCGAGCAUCUCGACAAGUUGAACACGUAA